AUGGCCGCUGAAAAUGAUGAGGAGCCGAAGGACAAUCGGCAGCUACACCUCGAAGAAGAGGAUUGUCUCAUCAAAAUGGAACGGGCCGAGACGGAGAUGCGUUCAGCACAAGCUGCCCUCCAACACGAGGUUAAUCUUUUGAGGAUAUAUGUUGCCAGGAUGAUCCGGAGAACGAUCGACCGCUUCAACAACGAACAGGAAGCCCGACUCGUGAAUGCGUGGAAGGCCGAGGAUCUCGAGCGCGCUGCACCCGGAUACACCCUGUCGGCGCCAAACCCAAUAUCGAAGCCGCUGCCCAAUGAUCGGCAACUGCACGAGGGGGAUUUCCAGAAGAGGGUUGUGCGACGAUUCAUCCGCGCUGAUCAACGGUUUGAGACCGAGUUCUCGAACCUAACUUACAAGCAGCUCAGCGACAAGCUGAACGAGCUGGAUGUGACGACCAUCCCUGCGCUGAAGGUCACCACCGAGGCCAGGGAAGCCGAAUACGUACGCGCACGACGCAUGUACAUGCGCAAGUCAACCGAAUUGCGGCUCAUGGUCGAGCGGAACGAGGGCCUGACGGCGUCGCGCCGCCGCGAAUUCGGCAAGAAGCAGGCGACGCUGCACCCACCCUUCCUCGAGACGGUGACGGCGUACCGGCCCGAGAAGCUGAUGACCAGCAUCCUGAAGGAGAUGAAGACGAACGGGCCGGAGUCGCUCGAGCCGUCCCCGACCCUCGUCACGGCGCCGAUCCAGUACUCGCUGCUCAGCUCCUUUUACUACUACAACUACUACCAGCCGGAGAAGUGGCUGACGAUCGUGGCGAAGAUGCCGAUCCGCCUGCCAGAGAUGCUCGUGAAGGUGUGGAUGAACAAGUUCGGCAAGUGGAUGCACCGCGCGACCAUCGAGCUGAUGCUCAACCUGCACCUCAAGCCGUUCCACUCGCCGCCCAGCCCGUUCAGCCGCCAGCACCCAACGUCGGUGGACGUCCAAGCAUUUUCGUGGCCAUCGGUACUGUUCCGGCGUGUCGCCGCUGCGACCAUCGAUUUUGGUGUCUGCUCCCUCGACUGGACACUGCCUGCUCUUGCAAGGGCAAAAGGCGAUGUGCCGCAUGCAUCGUCGCCGAGGACUAUGUCGCCAAGGGAUUUCGGCGUCCCGAGCCGAGCGAGGAGGACGAGUGAAUGCGGCAGGACAACACUAGACGACAACUACACACCACUGAUUUCCAUCCACUUCCGUCGCUACCACAUCGUCAUCUACCGUACCUACCUUCUACCCUGCGAUCCGAACGGCUCGGCCACGCCCCUCUUUUACGCUGCA